GCUACGAUGCUGUGAGGAGUUAGCGCAGAGAGCAGCUACAGCUAGCAGACCGACUAGUGCACAUUAACAACACGUCCUGUCUGUGUGGUGCUGCAGGUCCGGAUCACUUUCCUCUCCAUCCACUGCCAGUUGGUCAACAUGGUCAACGUACACAAAGGUGUCCUUGUUGAAUGUGAUCCUGCUAUGAAACAGUUCCUCCUCUACCUGGAUGAAACCAUGGCUCUGGGGAAGAAGUUCAUCCUCAAGGACCUCGAUGACACACACGUGUUCAUCCUGGCAGAGGUGGUUCACACCCUCCAGGACCGAGUCGGAGAGUUAAUGGACCAGAACUCAUUCCCUAUCACGCAGAAAUAAUCCUGAACUUUAUCUGAGAAGACGUCUCCUCUUUGAUAACGGACUGUUUGUUAUAUUGAAAUGAACAUCGUUUGCAAUGUUUCAGCUGCAGACUGAGAUGCAGUAACUGAUUAUUCUUUGUUACAGUGAUGUGUAGAAAACUUCAGUAAAAACACCUUUUACUGCUGGU